GAAAGGGGAGGUGCUAGGCGGCGGGCGAGCGGCCGGGAGAGAGCGCGAGGGUGGAGACCCGUCAGCUGGGUGCGGCGUGAGAGGGCAGCUGGGCCGGUCCGGCCUGUGGAGAUCCGUCCGCCGACAUGCCUGGGAUAGACAAGCUGCCCAUCGAGGAGACGCUGGAGGACAGCCCCCAGACACGUUCCUUGCUGGGUGUGUUUGAAGAAGAUGCUGCAGCCAUUUCCAGAUACAUUAGCCAGCUGUAUCAAGCCAUGCACCGAAUUUAUGAUGCACAGAAUGAAUUAAGUGCAGCAACACAUUUGACUUCAAAGCUUCUAAAGGAAUAUGAGAAACAGCGCUUCCCCUUGGGGGGUGAUGAUGAAGUUAUGAAUUCUACUCUGCAGCAAUUUGCAAAAGUGAUAGAUGAGCUCAGUUCUUGUCAUGCAGUACUAUCAACUCAAUUAGCUGAUGCCAUGAUGUUUCCCAUUACGCAGUUCAAGGAAAGAGAUCUAAAAGAGAUUCUGACUUUAAAAGAAGUUUUCCAGAUCUCAAGCAAUGAUCAUGAUACUGCCAUCACCAGAUAUAGUCGACUGUCAAAAAAGAGAGAAAAUGAGAAGGUCAAGUAUGAGGUUACAGAAGAUGUAUAUACUUCCCGGAAGAAACAACAUCAGACCAUGAUGCAUUAUUUCUGUGCGUUAAAUACUCUGCAGUAUAAGAAGAAAAUUGCUAUGUUGGAACCCUUGUUAGGAUACAUGCAGGCUCAGAUAAGCUUCUUUAAGAUGGGCUCAGAAAAUCUUUCUGAACAACUGGAAGAAUUUUUAACAAAUAUUGGGACAAGUGUUCAGGAUGUUCGUAGGGAAAUGGACCAUGACGUCGAGACUAUGCAGCAGACUAUAGGAGACUUAGAGGCAGCCAGUGACCCAUUGUACCUGCCAGAUCCUGAUCCUACAAAAUUUCCUGUCCAGCGGCACCUUACUCGGAAAGCUGGUUAUCUUAAUGCAAGAAAUAAAACGGGGCUGGUGUCUUCCAGCUGGGAUAGACAAUUUUACUUCACUCAGGGUGGAAACCUAAUGAGUCAGGCAAGAGGUGAUGUAGCUGGAGGACUUGUUAUGGAUAUAGACAACUGUUCAGUAAUGGCUGUGGAUUGUGAAGACAGAAGAUACUGCUUUCAGAUAACCUCUUUUGAUGGCAAAAAGUCUUCAAUUCUUCAGGCAGAGAGCAGAAAAGAUUAUGAAGAGUGGAUAUGUACAAUAAACAACAUCUCCAAACAGAUCUAUCUAAGCGAAAACCCAGAGGAAAUUGCUGCACGUGUAAAUCAGUCGGCUUUAGAAGCUGUUACCCCCUCUCCUUCCUUCCAGCAGAGACAUGAGAGCAUGAGACCAACUGUACAGGCUCGUCCUCCCACGACUCGUACUAGCAGCACUGGGUCUUUGGGAUCUGAUUCAGCAUCUCUAUCAGCUCUUUCCUUGGACUCUCUUGUUGCACCUGACACUCCUAUACAAUUUGACAUUAUUUCUCCAGUAAGCGAAGAUCAACCUGGCCAAGCAAAAUCCUCAGGGCAGGCAGGCAGACGAACAAAUCCAUUUGGAGAAUCUGGAGGAACCAAAUCAGAAACAGAAGAUUCUAUCCUACAUCAGCUAUUUAUUGUAAGAUUCCUUGGAUCCAUGGAGGUGAAGUCGGAUGAAAGUCCUGAUGUUGUUUAUGAAACAAUGCGCCAAAUACUAGCAGCUCGAGCUAUACACAACAUUUUCAGAAUGACAGAAUCACAUUUGUUGGUCACAUGUGAUUGUUUAAAGUUAAUUGAUCCUCAGACGCAAGUUACAAGACUCAGGUUUCCAUUGCCAAAUGUAGUUCUGUAUGCCACACACCAGGAAAACAAACGCCUUUUUGGAUUUGUGCUUCGGACUUCAGCAGGGAGAGCAGACAGUAGACCAACUUCAGUCUGCUAUAUAUUCGAAUCAAAUAAUGAAGGGGAAAAGAUUUGUGACUCAGUGGGACUUGCAAAACAGAUUGCAUUUCAUGCUGAAUUGGAUCGCAGAACAUCGGAGAAGCAGAAAGAAAUGGAUAGAGUGAAAGAGAAACAACAAAAAGAACUCAGUAAACAGAAACAAAUAGAAAAGGAUUUGGAAGAGCAAAGCCGGCUAAUAGCUGCUUCUAGUAGAGCCAACCAGAGCACUGGAGAGGGACAAUUUGUAGUCCUUAGCAGUAGUCAGUCAGAAGACAGUGAUUUGGGAGAAGAUGGAAAGAAGAAACGAGAAUCUGAAGCAUGAAGUGACUCUGGUGUGCAAGUCUUCGGACCGGUUGUCUGACAUGGCAAGUCAAAAGUCGGAGAAACAAAGGUGGUGGGUUUGCUUUAUUAGAUGAAACUCCAUUGUGCUUUGAUUUUUCUUAAACAGCCUGCUAAAUGUGAAUAUGGACUUUCUUCCAUAUCAUAAGGUACCAUGGUGAAACUUAGCAGAAGUAUACAUGGCUAUAUAUGGAUCUUUUCUUUUCUUCACUUGCCUUGCUGUGCAGAUAAUUUCAUGAGGAAAAAAAUGGUAUAAGGUAAGCAUAAGAAAUAGACAAAAGCUUUUGUCUUCACUUUCAACCUGCAUUGGAUAACCAUUUAGAGUGUUGUGGCAAAAACAGAGUCCUUUGACUCUUUUAAAGACUUAACAAAUUUAAUAUUAUGAAGUGGAGUGUAGUCUACAAAGGGCUCUGCUAUAAUAAAUUUGUUAGUCCUUAUUUUUUCAAAGCUCAUUUUGAUUCCCAAAGAUUACUGAGGACAGAAGCAGCGUGCUUGCUUGUAGUUUAAACAUGUCUGAAAACGAAUUGCCAGCAGAGAAAAGUUCAGGAAAACUGGUAGUGUUGCAAUGCUAUUUUUACUUGAGAAUGUACAUGGCGGUACUGCCCUUGGCUAUUUUGCAUUAUAUUUCAGAGCACUUUGGUGUGAAGGGUGUCAGAGACAGUAAAGCACAUAUUAGAGAUUAGGCUCCAAUUGCAGUAUGUGUUUUGGUAACGUACGAAUAUGUUUUGUAACAAAUACAAAUAGAUGAGAGGAACAGUUUGUAUGGAGACAUUGCCAACUAUUAUUUCAGAGAAAACUGAUUCUGUGAUCCUUGCCCAUAUUUGCACACUUUCUCUAAAUACCGUUUCGCAAGACUUACUGAACAAUCCCACAUACAACAUAAGUGCGUAUACAGUAAACCUGCUGAACCAUUGAGGAAAAUAAUGCUGACCCUCUUCUUCUUGAUCAUUUUUAAUUGCAAGUGCAUGACAAGUUUAGUUAUAUCAAACAUGCAUUGGUCUUUUCCUCCAGCAAAGUAAUACUAUUAAUACAAAACAGUGCAUCUAUUUUUACAAUACUCAGAUCCUUUAGUUUAUGCAAAAAGAACAAUUGGUCUUACCUGAAGAGUAGACUUGAUAGGUUGCUGAUUACUUGAAUGGGUUGGGUAUUAUCUUGUCAUGUGAUGGAGGCAGGAGGGCAAAAAACCCUGGGAAGCAGGUGCGGUCAUUCCCCAGUUUUAUAGGAUUUGCCGAGCUCCAGUAGGCAUUGAACUUAAAGUAGGAAUGAAAAUUAUCUACAUAUGCCUGCCUCCCCACUGGCUCAAUAUGUAAACUUUAAAUAAACAUACGUUGAAAACAAUGCAGCAACUAACCAAAUUAUCAAUACCACUGCAGUCUAUACCAGAGAGAUGUCCCCUUCAUGUCAUCAGUAGCCUAUCAAAUCUACUCUUCAGAUAAGACCAAUUGUUUUGUUUGAUUCAGUUGCUGAUGCCAUGAAUGAGAUGAACAUAUCACAGCUUUCCCAAUUAGGGCAGUUCCCAAUUGCAGUUACAGUGACUGGUGAAUAUACUUGGUGAGGACCAAGUAGCUGCUUUACCUAUCUUUAAUAAAGGAGCAUUAACUAUAAACGCAGCCAAAGUUGCUGCUGAUCUAGUGGAACGAGCCGAUAUGUGCAAUGGCUGAGGCAACCUGAGUGACUCGUACGCUAGAGGUUUGCAAGCCCUGCUCCACCCUUGCAAGGGUGGAAGGAGCAACCUUUAUACCCAUAGUUGAAAGGAUAUGAACAAGGAGUCAGUGAUUCUAAUGUCCUUUCAAUAUACACCUUCACUGUAAAGCAAACAUCAAAGUUGUGCCACGCUUUCUCUCUCAGAUGUUUUGGAUCUGGACAAAAGAUAGGUAGCACCAACUCUUGCUGGACAUGAAAGUGGGAAAGGACCUUUGGUAAAAAGGAAGGAUCUGUUAGAACCCCUUUGUCUUUGUGAAAGAUGCACAGAUGUUUAGCUACCAAUAAUACAGACAACUCAGACACUCGACAUGCAGACAUAAUGGCCACGGGGAAGAGAACCUUAAAGGAUAGAUGCUUUAAAGAUACCUUGUACAAAGUUUCAAAUGAUAGUUUCUGCAGUGCUGCCAGCACAAUAUGCAAACUCCAGGAAGUAAAACGAUGUGCUACUAGUGGAUUUUGCAGAAAUGUCCCCCUCAAAAAAGCAUUUGACUAAUGAGUUUUGCAAAUUUGUGAAAUAGGGGCAUGACCUGUAGUGCACAAAACUGAAGGUAUUGCGGAAACUUGCCUUUUUAGAUUAUUUUGUUUCAAAGCAUUCUGUAGCCCAUGCAUUGAAAGUGUAACAUAGUUCACAUAGAGCUUCAGUUCCGGAAAUGUCUGGAACUGAAACUGUGUGGACACAGCUUCACUGUAGAAUCCCAAGUCGAUAAAUUGGUCCAGGGUGCGUGAUAUAUCCACACAGUCUGCAUGAGGCCAAAAUGGUGAAGAUGACAGCUGCAUCCAACCCUUGAUGUUUCAGACAGCUGCAUUCAAAUGCCAUGCAGUCAAACAUAGCCACUGUGGAUUUCGAUGGAACAAUGGUCCUUGCUGCAGUAGGUAGGACAACACUGGAAGAUGGCAAGGAGGUGAGAUUGCUAGCUCUUGGAGCUCCGACAUCCAAGGCCUGCAGGGCCAGAAAGGGGCCACCAGGAUGGUCUCUUUCUAUCCUGAUCUUUUGGAGAACACGUUGCAGAAUUGACUGUGAGGGAAAGGUAUAUAGGAUUUGGUCAAGGUACCAUCAAGGCAUCCUAUGCUUCCACUUGACUGUCUUUGAACCUGGAAAAAUAACAUGAAACUUUAUUGCAAUCAGAUCCACUUGACAUGGACCUAGAUACUCCUGAAUCAGGUGGAAGACUUGCCUGUUGAGCAUCCACUCCCCUGGAUUGAGAAGGGAGUGACUCAGCCAAUCUGCCUGUAAAAUGCUGUCCCUUGCAAGACUAAGGGUGUCCGUCCCCCCUCAGUUGAAGAGGAGCAAUUAUUCUUUUUGCAGAGAAAUAGAUCUUGUCCCACCCUGCCUGCAAAUGUGUGAUUUUGUGGUGGAAUUGUCUGUGUGCAGCAGCACAUGGUCGAUGUGCAAAAUGAAACAUCGCCAACCUGGUAGCUCUUAGCUCCAACCAAUUUAUGGAGUGCUUCUGAUUUUGUGGUGGUCAGCACGUCUGUACAAAGUGACCUUGAUAAUGAGCUCCCCAACCCUGAAAAAUGGCUUCUGUGGUGAUCACAGUUCUCCGAUCGUGAAUGGGAGUUCUGUUCUGUAGAUUGGAUUCUGCCGUCCACCAUCUCAUUGGCAGCCUGACCAGCGGAGGUAACUUGAGCACAUUAGGAUGGUUGUGAGUGAUUGCCCACUGAUGAGGAAGCAGAAACCAUUGUAGGUGAUGGGCGUGAUUGAUCUAAGAAGCUGACAUACAGAGGCCCAGGAUUAUCAAUAGAUGCUUGAUAUCAAUUUCCUUGGUAGAUUUCAGCAGAGAUGCUGCUGCUCUGAUCUUGUUGGUGCACUCUGGAGACAGCCACCAAACCUUUGACUGUGUCCAACUUGGCUUCCAGAUGGAUAAGCUGCUGUGAUGGAGCAAGGCAGCUCUUCUCCUUGUUUAUCAGGAAACCAUGGGAUUGAAGGGCCAACAUUGUUGCUUGGAGAUGCUCCUGAGCUCCUUGCAUGGUUGUCAAGACGUUUCCAGAGCAGAUUCCCUUUACGUUUUCUACAUGCCACUCUCUCCAGUUCACACUGGCUGUUGAUGCAAUGCACAUAACCCAGGCAGAGAUACAAGCCAGAAAUGCGCACACUGUAUUUUUCGCUCUAUAAGACGCACUGGACCAUAAUACGCACUUAGUUUUUAGAGGA